AUGUCAGCCUCAAACACCGCCGGCGCCAGCGAACCGUCUCGGAUGCGAAUCCGAGACCUUCUGCCAAACCUAAAUCUCGGCGACUGGAAGCCGGGACCACUCAACUCGCUGACAGACGUCCCCGGCGUCCGGGUACACACCCAGGAGAUCUUCGCCGACAAUGGGAACGUGAACACCGGAGUCACGAGCAUCCUUCCGCGCGAGGACUGGUUCCAUAAGGCCUGCUAUGCCGGCAUCUUCAGCUUCAACGGCUCCGGAGAGAUGACCGGUAGCCAUUGGAUCAACGAGACUGGCUUGCUGCACUCCCCGAUCAUCAUCACCAAUUCCUUCGCUGUUGGUGCUGCUUACCAGGGCAUCUACGAGUACACGAUCAAGGCUCAGGGGGUGGUUAAAGGCCAGGUCGACUGGUUUCUUUUGCCGGUUGUCGCCGAGACCUUUGACGGGUAUCUGAAUGACUUGAGCCAAUUUGUCAUCAAGCCAGAGCACAUCAUCAAGGGCUUGGAAAGUGUGUCCAGUGAUCGCGUCAGAGAAGGCUGCGUUGGUGGGGGUGCUGGAAUGAUUUGCCAUUACUUCAAGGGUGGAACAGGCAGCAGUAGUCGAGUGGUCCCGGGCUUCAACAGCAAAGGGGAGCCCAAGGACUACACCGUGGGUGCGCUGGUGCAGGCCAACUACGGCAAGAAGCCUCACCUACGAAUUACGGGUGUGCCUGUUGGACGCAUCCUGGCUGCAGAAGCCGAAAAGGCGGCUGAGAAAGAUGCGGAGAAGAAAGCGGCCCAGGAGAACCUGGAGAGGGAGAAAGACCGAAAGGACGGCAGCAUCAUCGUGAUCAUCGCCACAGAUGCGCCCCUGCACCCGACUCAACUUCAGCGACUGGCCAAGAGAGCAACGGUAGGCCUUGCCCGAGUCGGUGGUCGGGGACACAACCCCAGUGGUGACAUCUUUCUGGCCUUCUCAACCGGCAAUGGUAUCCCCGUCCAAACGAUAUCCAUGGAUCGGCGUGCAGUGGAUCCAUUCAAGCCGUCAACUAAUGAUGCCGAGCUGGUGGAUGAUUCGUCUAUCAACGGCCUCUUCGAAGCUGUCGCAGAGGCGACAGAGGAAGCGAUCUAUAACGCCUUGUGCAUGGCGGAAACAAUGGUGGGGAACCAGGGACACACGAUCGAGGCGCUUCCCCUUGAACGAGUGAAGGAGAUCAUGGAGAAGUAUAUGGACUAG